UGCAAGUACCAGGUACCAGUCAUGCGCAUCGAAAUAUCAGAAUAAUUACAAAUGGCCGCCAAGAAGUAACUCGAGUACAGCCGCAAUAAACAAACGAAUAAAAAAAAGUCGUUCUAAAUUAGUUUAAUAUCCUGUUGGGUGUUGUUAUAAACAGAAGAAUAAAAAAUUAAUUAUUAUUUAAAAGAUGGAAACACUUAAUCGUAAACUUGUGAAGCGCGUGGGUUAUCACGAAUGGAAAAUCCAAGAUUUCAUGCCACUUAUUGAUGUUUCCGACUUGAUUGAAGGCAAGCCAACGUUUCUUGAAUCGCUGAGCUUUUCCGUAGAUGACACAGUAAAAAAUUCAUGGUGUCUAAGAUUGGGUUUCACCGGAGAACGACCCGGCAGUAAGGAUUGGGUAUCAAUAUCAUUAUCUACAACUAACGAUACAGAACCAGUAAGAGCAAUGGGUUCAUUAUUUAUUUUGAAUAACAAAAAAGAAAAGAAAUUCACUCAAUGCUUUAAUAAUAUCGAUAAAAGUUCUCACAUCGCUUGGUACUCAAAAAAGUUCCUAGAAAUAAAAAAAAUGUUGGAUAAUAAGGAUGAAUUUUUGCCAAAUAAUCAGCUGACUAUUGGUACCGAAGUUGUUAUUUACGAUUUCACUGUGGCGCCAAUUAGUAUUCAAGAUUUAUCGAAACCUGCAAAGCAUUCAAUUUAUGAUGAUUUAAAUCAACUUCUUGUUAACAAACUGGGUAGUGACGUUACUUUGGUUGCGGGUAAUAAAGAGUUUAAAGCUCAUAAACCCAUUUUAAUGGCUCGUUGUCCAGAGUUUUUCCGAAUUUUCACCAUCAAUGAGCUCAACGGGAUUAACGAAAGUAGAAUUAUUGUACCAAAAAUGGAUCCGAAAAUAUUUGAAAUGAUAUUGGAGUUUAUCUACACUGAUAAAGUCAGUGACGUGGAAAAUAAUGUUGUCAUGCUACUGGAAGUUGCGGAUAAAUAUCAGCUACUGCCACUGAAAGAGCUGUGCCAAGAGUUGCUUUUGAAAUCCCUUGAUAUAGACAACGCUAUUCAAAUUAUGGACUUGGCUUAUCGCAGUAAUGCUCACCACUUAUUGGAACUUGCUACUGAGCUUAUUAUAAGCAACAUUACACGUGUUAUGAAAACUCCAGUUUAUAGUGAAGUCACAAACUCAAAUCCAUUUAUUUCGUCAAUUCUUGUUGAAAGACUCGCGUCCAUGAUUCCGGGUGCUGGUUCAUUAUAAAUUAGAUGUUUUCGAUUCAGAGAUUUAUUGAGACUAAAAAUUUGAAGAAAUUCAAUACGAAGACUGCUCAAGAAUUAAAAUAAUGAAGCUUUAAUUAUAUUUACUCACCUAGCAUACAUAAAUAUAUCAUAGUUUUGAUAAGAAUUACUAUUAUGACGUAUUCUAUUAAUGACUAAAAACAAAUAGUAAAUUUGUUAUUUUUUUCGAUGUAAAAUAAAGUAAAUAAAUACUUUUUUUUUACUAUCUAUAUAAAUUUACCAAAAUUACUUUUGGGAUUAAUUUAAAUGAUUAAUUAACAAUAUAAAAUUAAUGAAAAAUUUACUAAUAAACGCAUUAGGUACAAAAAAAAAAAUUUGUACACUCUAGGGUAGAGGUGCCGUUUUUGGCCGCUUUGGGACCAGAUUUAGACUUGGAAAAUUAAAAUAAAGUAAUUUGUAAACCACGCAAUAGCAAUUAAGUUUUUAAAUGUCUCCAAAGAUAUCUUUGUCGAUAAUUAAAAUAAAGUAUUAAAUGUCUAUAAAUAGCGCAGUGGUCACAAAUGGUACUUCUACCCUAUACUUCUUUAGAUUAGGAGAUGCAAAAUCUUAAUUGUUUUAAAAUUAAGGUAGUUUGGCACUCCCAGCUUUCAAACUUGACCCCCAAUUUUUUUAUUUUAUUUAUUUAAAAGAUUAUGGUUUUAAGUACCGGAGGAAAAAAAAUCAGAAUUUUUUACCACGUGCAAUUUAAGAGAUACAAUAAAUUACAAUCAUGUAAUUAUACACGGGUUCUUAAGGUUGUCUUCGUUCAAUUUUACCGGAAAUCAAUGAUCUGUGAGAAAUUCUCGAACUUGACCGACAGAAAAAAAACUUUUUAUGAGACAUUUUGAUAUCUAAGGCUGUGUAUUAUUAUUUUUGUAUCCCUUAUUUCAUUUCUUUUCAUCUCAUUACUUUACUUUGUAUUAUUAACAUUAUAUUAUAUAAUUUACGUUAUAUUCGAUACCCUAUAUAUUACAUAUAUUUAUCACACUAUUGUUCAUAUUAGACAUAGAAUGUGAUUUUCCUGUUAUAAUGUUGGCCAAAGCCGUAUAAUAAUUAUUGUUUUGUUUGGAAUUUUCUGUUACCAGAUUGUAAUUAUAAUAGAUUUGUAUUUUAAUACUAUUAUGUAUCUGGCCCUGUUAUUGGCGUAAGCUGUUGGGAUAUAA